AUUUUAAAUAUAUAUUUUUUUGUUUCAGUAUGCAUACUACACGUAUCACUAUCACAAUCAAAAACCACGCCUAUUUCGAAACCUAUACUUGCACCAAGAGAGCUGUCUAAAACUGUUCAGCUUAUAAACUUCGUCAACAGCGUUCAAGUCAAAGAUAAUGAAGUUUCAGCAAACGGAAACUCAAAAGGUCCUUUUAAACGUAGCUACGAUGACAUGAUAGUUACAACGGAAGGUGACAAACCCUGGUUCCUGUCAAUGUGGGAUGUCCUGAAACCGACCUAUGAACCCGUAGAGGCUUACAAGAAGAAACUGGAGAGUGUCGUGAGGUACCAUGUCAUCGAUAACCCUGAGCUUCUAGAAGAAUACCAGAAGGCUCUGACCCAGAAGUUCGAGCCCCGAUACUCAAGUUCUUCAUCAGAAGACACUAGUUCCUCCAGCGAAUUCUACGGCAGAAGAGGGAAAAGAAAGCUUUCGACAGUCAGAAGAAAUAUUGUAGACUUCAAAAUGAGUGGCCUUGAAUCAAUGGAAACUACUCCCGACCCUGACGAAUUAUCAGCCAAGGACGCAAUGGCUAAGUCUUUCACAAACGAAGUCUCUUUCCAACCAAGUUUCCCCGACGACGAUGAACCGAAUUUCCAAGAAGAGAACAACGAAGAGAAAGAGACAAAAAACGAGGAACUCUUAACAGCUAUCAAAAGUCAAGAAUUCGUUAAAGAAACCGAACCAGAUUGGACUUCCUCUCAAACUCCACCUUGGGUCAAAGAUGAAACUGUAGCGAAAGAAUCUCGCGAAACCACAAAACAUUCAGACACAAACACACAUAAAAAAGAAUCAGCUUGGCAAAUGAGAGAGAAAACCGAAGACAAUUGGAAUAAAGAGGAAUAUGAAGCGCACAAGAAGAAAGAAUUCGAAGAUGAUAUAAAAGAAGAAAUGAAGAUCAAUGAAAAGGAUUGGGUGAAAGAAGAUACUAAAGAUGCACCAGAAGAAAAAGCACCAAAGCAGAAUUGGGAGAAGAAGAUUGCUAGGAACGAUGAUGACGAAUAUAACAAUAAAGAAGUCGGUAAAAAGAACAGCCACAAAGACUGGAAAGAUGAAGGCUAUGGAUGGAAGAAACAAAACGAUUGGGACAAAGGAAAAGAUAAAGCCAAAUCAAAGGAAAACGCUUGGGAUUCUAGAGAAAAAAGGAAAAACAAAAAACAAGACUGGAACGAAAACAACAGCUACGAGAAAGAAGAUCACAAAUCAAAGAAAAGCAUUGAAUAUGACAGUACUAGACCUGAUUGGGAUAAAAAGAUAGAUGAUGAUUAUAAUAAAAAGAAAGAGAAAAACUACGAUCGCAAUAAGGAUGACGACUGGGAUACAAAAGGUAAAGGCAAGAAAAAGAAUGACUGGGACAAAAAAGAUGACUGGAAUAAAAAAGACGAUGACUGGGACCAAAAAGAUAACGACAGAAAAAAGAAAAACAAUGAUUGGGAUAAGAAAGAUGAUGACUGGGAUAAAAAAGACGAUUGGAAUAAAAAGAACGAUGACUGGGACCAAAAAGAAAACAGUAAAAAGAAAAAACAUAACGACUGGGAUAAAAAAGACGACGAUUGGAAUAGGAAUAAAAAGAAUAAUGACUGGGAUAAAAAAGAUAAUGAUUGGGAUAAGAAAAAUGAUGAAAGGAAUCAUAAAAGCAACGAAUGGGGCAAGAAAGAUAACGAUAGAGGCCGUAAAAGUAAUGAAUGGGAUAAAAGAGAUAGCGAUAGGGGACGCAAGAGUAAUGAAUGGGACAAGAGAGAUAAUAGGAAUCACAAAAGUAACGAAUGGGACAAAAAAGAUGAUUGGAAUAAAAAAGAUAGCGAGAGAAGUCACAAAAGCAAUGAUUGGGAUAAAAAAAAUGACUGGGAUAAAAAAGAUAAUGAUUGGGAUAAAAAGAAUGACGAUUGGGACAGGAAAGAUAACAAACAAGAUAGCUGGAAUAAAAAAAAGAAAGACGAUGACUGGGAUAAAAAGGUAGACGAUUGGGAUAAAAAAGAUAAGUACGGAAAUAAAAAAGAUAAUGAAUGGGAUAAAAAGGAUGAUGAUAAAAACCGCAAAAAUGACUGGGAUAACUGGAGCAAUAAAGACAACGACCGAAAGAAAAAAGAUAACGACUGGGACAAUAAAGAUAAAGAUUCCAAUAAAAAAUCUAAUAAAUGGGACGACAACGACAAAGAAGACAAUUGGAAUAAAAAGAAUAACGAUUGGAAUAGAAAAGAAAACAACGAAGACGGCGUCGACGAUUGGAAUAAAAAGAAAAAAGACAAAAUCAAAGACAACGAUUGGAAUAAAAAAGAUGAUUUAAGACAGAACGGUAAAUCAAACGAUUGGGAUAAAGUUGGACUCGAUGAUAUAGAUAAAGGCAAAGAUAAAGAUAAAGCGAAAUCUUUCGAAAGCGGAAACAGAAGUAGUGAAGGGAAUAAAAAGAAGCAAGGCGUCGAUUGGUCUAAUUAUGUGCCUAAGAUAGAACAACCAUAUUACAAACCGAAGAAACCGAAACGGCAUGAGAGCUAUGAGAGACCGCAUAAUAACCAACAUGCCGUGCCCCCUUUCAGCGGGUUUGGUAGGACACCAAUACCUUUUGCUGGCAAGAAAAGAAUAUACGCCGAUAAAUAAAGGGUUUUUUCAUUUGUUCACCUUAAUUAAGUUCACAAUUUUUUCUUGAAGGAUUCAAAA